CCAGGAACAAGAUGGCGACUGAUGGUAGGUAAUAUAAACAAGGAAUUCAAGACCAAGAUUAGAAGUAACACCUGCCUCUGUCUACAAUGGUGUAGUUCAAGAUGGACUCUUCCGAGAGAAUCACUUCUGAUCGACAAGAAGAUGUUGCUGAGGUUGGGUCUAAUGAUUAUUCAAGAUACGGAAUUCGGGAUGUUCCGGUAUACACCACAACAACGGCCCUCGGCAAGACCAAAACAUUUGCCGGACUCUUUGCAAAGGAAUGGAUUUUCCUCUUUGUGUCCUCUGUUAACAUCCUGUCAGCAAUUGGGCUGACACUGUAUCGGAUGAUCACAGUUCUCCGUGAGGACCCAGAGUCAGCUGACUUCACCUUCACCCUACUUCUCUUGAUCAAUGCAGGUUUUUGCAUCUACUACGUGGUCCAUGGAGUGCUGAGGGAGCGGGUGUACGAGCUGUACGCCCUGAUGGCAGCUAUAUUGGUGGUGGUCAUGUACUGCAUACUGGAGUACUUCGUCAUCAAUCCGGACGGCCACACUACAGUGAAGCUGGUCAGAGUGGUCAUGGUGUGUGCGAUGGCUCCUCCCAACAUUAUCCUGGCUUUUAUAGUUUCCAGAAACUUUGGCUUCCUAGAGUUUCGCAUUGUUGGAGCUUCAGAAUACUUACAAAAGCUGUACAGACAAGCUGCAAUUUUUUCUUGUCUUCUCAAAUUUGAUCUACAAGCUUCUUGUAGCAUCGUCAUCUUGGCUUUGAAAGAUGGAACAAACGUUUCUCUUGUGGAAACAAUAUCUCUGGCUAUAGGGCUGCCAUACUCACUCUUCUGGUGUUUUCUGGGUUGGAUUUCUCUUCGACAGGAACUGAAAAAAGGGGCUAUAGUUUUCGCUGUCCUUGGGUUAAUCAAGCCUAUGUAUUAUCUGUAUAAGAUUAUCAAUGAGUAUAUUAAUCUCCGGGACGAUUCAGUGCCCACAGAGGACACCAUUGUCUACUCUCUUAUUGCUGCUGUGACUCUUGGGCUCCUCGUUUGGCUCAUGGGCAUGGUGGAGCUGGUCUAUGUGUACAAAAACUUUGGCAAGGGCUUGAAGGAGAGAGUGAGAGGAAGUAACUUUGAAUCUCAGCUGAUUGCCAAUGAAAACACAGGACUCCUGUCAGGCAGCAGAUCCAGCUGGAGCCCCAGAUAGAUGUGGAUGCCAACACAGAACCGACUUACAACCCUCAUCAGGAUAUUUUGAUUAUGUGCAGCUUCUCUGAGACUGCUGCUUUGUUGUUUGUUGUUUGUUGGGGGGUUUUUUGUUAGGAGGGGGCUGAGGAUCUUUUUGAACCAUUUACAAUGAUAUUUUCAAUGUAAAUAAUUCUCAGAGACUGAAACUGGACUUGUUUGAUUGAGUAGACUUUUGUUGGUUUAAAUUCGUUUUUAGACUAGAGGAUUGGGU